AUGUUCAAAUUCUUCGCUUUGUGCUUGUUCGCUGUUGUUGCCUUGGCUGCCGCUAAACCCGGUAUUGUGGCUCCUUUGGCUUACUCUGCUCCCGUAGUAGCUGCUGCUCCCUAUACUGCUGCCUACACUACACCCUAUGCUGCUGCUUAUGCUUCACCUUAUGCCGCUGCCUACUCUGCUUAUCCUUAUGCUGCCUCUCCUUAUCUUGCUUCUCCUUAUGUAGCUUCUCCUUAUGCUGCUGCCUACUCUGCAUAUCCCUAUGCUGCUUCUUAUGUCUUGCGCAAGUAG